AUGGCGGUGAGCACGGCCCAGCUGCAGCCGCGCGCGCUGGCGGCGCUGUGGGUGCUCCUCGCCUUGCUCCUGCUGCUGGGGACGCGCGCGGCCGAGGCGCAGCAGCAGCAGGGCACCUGCGGGCAGCAGCUGACCGGGCUCGCCCCCUGCGCGCGCUACAGCGUGCCGCCGGCGCUCGGGCAGGCGCUGCCGGUGCCGGGGCCGGAGUGCUGCUCCGCGCUGGGCUCCGUGUCCCGCGACUGCGCCUGCGGCGCCAUCGACAUCAUCAACAGCCUCCCCGCCAAGUGCGGCCUCCCGCGCGUCACCUGCCGUAAGAACCACCCCACGCGAACACUCUCAUGCUCAUUCAUGCGCUGCUUUUCUCUGCGUGUUCGUUAG